AUGUUGCACUAUCUGGGUUGGAAUCUUACUGGGAGUACUGGCCAGACUUGGGCGGGGUCGAAGCUGCGGUCCACCUUGGAAGAGAAUUCCUUUUGGGAAGCAAGGCUAUGUGGAAUUGAAACUCGGGCUCGGAAACAAGUUAUUCGUGAGCUACGAAUUCUCUCCACCCUCGAACGGCGUCAGGCCCGUGAACUGACCGAGCGAGCCUCACAACAAAUGGAACUCCUUGAUACUAGGCUGCGAAAUGAAUUCCUGGUUAUCGAUUACAUAUCAAAUUUGGGAUGUUGCACUAUGUACGAAUCAUAUAUAUUUUCCUCAUUAUUUGUAACAUGUUUAGAUUAUGAAUCAUCUUUACUCUUCUCAUCACCUUCAUAUUCUUCUUAUCUGAUUGAUUGA